GCUAUGCUGACAUGACGAAUCACUAGCAAUGGCGUAUCACUCAGACAUACUACCGAUCAUCGUAACGGUCGCGGGUCUUGAAUACUAAUCUCGCUGCGCCAUGCGCUCUAUGGCGCAGCCAGCACGCGCGGCUCAGCCCAACACCCCCUCAUUCCUCCCCCAGAUUCGGCGGGUUCGCGCGCGGAUCAUGCGUUCCACGCCGCCCCGCUUCGUCGCGCUGGCGAUCCUGCUCGCCGUCUCCCUCCUCAUCACCGGCGAAUUCCAAAUGCAACGAGGCUUCGAGUCGCUAGGAGGCGUCGAGUCGCACGGAAGUUCCGAACCGCAACGGCAAGGCCGCUCGCAGCGAUUCCUGGCACUCAUAGGCCACUUGCACCGUAAACACCCGGCUACAGAGAGUACUAUCCAGAUUAACCCGCACCAGGGAGACGAAUCCGAGCAGGAGGAGGAGGAGCACUCGCCGGCCGUCGCUGCUCCCCCGCUUUCCGCGGACGACUUUAAGACCUUAGAGAGCCUCCUAGAGCAGCCAGUAGAGGAGGAGGAUGGGCAGGAGAACGAGGAGGAGGGGGGGCGAGGAGGGGAGGAGGAGGAGGAGGAGGCGGAGGAGGUGGGGAGAGAGAAGGGAAAGGUGAGCUGGGGGUUGGUGGGGAGAUUGGCGGGAUUUGGGAGCCAGUUGGCGAGUGCCACGUGGGAGAGGAUGGGAGGGGUUGUGAAAAAGGGGUUGGAGGUGUGGGAGAGGAGGGAGAAGGAGGCGAGGAGUAGGAAGAAGUGGCGGAGAGUGGUUGAGAGGGAUAGGAGGGAGAGGAUGGUGGAGAGAAGGAGAGGUGGAAAAGGGAGGAGGAGAAAGAGGAAAGCGAGUGUUGUUGAAGUGAGUGGAAGGCUAGAUAUGAUGAGAAAUGCGUCAGAUACACACACCAGCAGUAGCAGCCACAGUGGCUAUGACAGCAGCAACAGCAUCAGUGGUUCUGUCACUCCCACCACUGUGGCCGCUCUCACCAGCAGCCGAAGCAGCAGCAGCAAAGAGGGGGGUAGCAGGAGAGCAGGACUGUUGGAACAGGGGCCUGCUGGUGCUGCUGGUGCAACCGCAUUGUCCAAUGCGUCAGCAGCAGCAGCAGCUGCAGCAGCAGCAGCAUCAUCAAAAGCAGCGUCAGCAGCAUCAUCAUCAUCAGCCAGUGACUGCCCGUACGAGCUGGACCACGUGCUAGAAGUCGAAGGCCUCAGGGAGGACGCGCUGCUUCCCAGAAACUUCUCCGUGCGCCUGCUCACUCUGGACCCCUCCCGCCGCCGCACGGGGCUGCCUCUGAAGCUGGAGGAGUGGAGCGCUGACAGCGUGUUCGUGAUUGGAACGGGGGAGCCAGGGAAAGGGCGAAGAGAGACCCUGCUGGCGCUAGACAAGCGGUUCCAUGGAGCAGGGCUCAAGUACACGCAGGUGGUGAUGCCCAUGCAGCUGGAGGAGCCGUUCAAAGCCAGAUACGACCCAGUCUUCCCAGCCCGAGUGCCCGCCCUCCGCUCGACCUUUCGUCCUCACGCCCUUGCAUACGCCUUUGCGCAUUUCGAGGUGUGGGCGAGAGUGGUGGUGCUGCGACUGCCGUUCGCGCUGGUGUUUGAAGACGACGCGAGGAACGAGGUGGAGAGCAACACGGCUUGGAAGCACAGGAUGGAAGGGGUACUCCGACAACUUAAUCUCCUCAUCAUUCAGAACGGCAAUCGCUUCUUUUUCGACGCCCUGCUCCUCGCUCGCUCCGCCCUCGCCCCCUACUCGGAGCAGCCCCUCACGACCAACAUCUUUAAAGCCCAGCCCAGCAUGGGAUCGCACGCCUACCUGAUCACCUACGCUGGAGCCAAGAAGAUGCUUUCUCAAAUGCGACUGACUGUCCCAAUCUCCGAAGCCCUCUUCACCGUCCCCCACGCCAACAUCCUAGCAGCAGACCCGCCUCUCUUCGCCGCCCACAUGUUUAUGUGUCGCCCCAAGCCCUGCCGCGCCCCGCCCCUCGACCUCUACUCCUCCUCCCGCCUCUCCUCCUCCUGCCGCUCCACACUCUUCCUUAGCUUCCCGGGGCACCCCAGAAUCCGGGGCAAUAUAGUGAGGAAGGAUUGGGUGAGGCAGGCGUCAGUAGAGGCGAGAGCUGCUGCUACGAUUGCUGUGGAUGCUGACUGUGGGACGCCUGCGCAGUGCCUGAUUCGAUCCUACCAGGAGAUUCUCCUGGUGCCGGGGUCAGGUUCCCAGGUGAUUCCCCAGGUGAAUUCUCAGGUGCCCGGGCUGAAACCGCCGGCCGGGGUGCGAGUUCUGAUGCGAUCCAUGCCGCCCAAACUAUCCAUGUGGCCGACGUUCGUGAUUGGCUUAGCCGAAGACGCGGACCGGUUCGACUCACUAGAACCCGUACUGCAGCAACAGGGCUUUGGAGAGAUCAUUAAAGCCAACGGCAUUGCCAUCUCCAACACGGACUACCAGGUGGUAUCGCAUCUAGUAGACAAGGAGCAUCGGGCACGCACCCGAACCACACCCUGGUGGCAGGAGAAGCAGGCUCGGCCGACCCUGAGCAAAGGAGAGGUGGGGUGUGCACUCUCUCACUACUUUGUCUGGCUGGAGGUGGUGCGAAGACAGCUCCCAUACGCGAUCGUCUUCGAAGACGACGUCCGGUUCAGAACUCGGUCCUUCAGAGAGGUGUUUGAGCGCAACGUGGCUGAAGCCAACGAGGUGAUCACGCGAGAAAUCAACCCCUUCCGCCCGGACAUUGUCUUCCUUGGGAAAUCCGGCAUCAUGACGACCUUCUACUACCCCAAGCUCUCGCCCCACGUGGUUAUUUCCCCUUUAGUGUGGUGCUCGUUUGCGUAUAUAGUCUCCCUGGAGGGCGCUGAGAAGCUGGUAGAGCGGUUUUUCGUGAACGAUCCUGUGGACUCGUACUGGUGGCAGGUGCCUGAUAUGCAGUUCUGGGCGUUUGAGCCGAUGAUGGCGGAUCACCUCACAGUGAAGAGGAAGGGGCGGGGGAGGGGCGUGCAGUUUGAGAGCAGGGUGCAGGGGACGGACAGCGAGUGGUAGGGCAGGGUUUGUUGCAGGUGCCUGGGAUGAAGGCCUUGGCGUUUGAGCCGACGCUGGCAGGCCAUCUGAUGGUGAAGAGGAAGGGGCGAGGGAGAGCAAUGGAGCAUACUGCAGGGCAAUGACAGAGAGUGGUAGGGUAGGUAGGAGGAAGACGGCUCGUGUUGAGGCGAUUCUUGUGCCCCACCAGAAGUCUUUUCUUUUUGAACUAUUGAGGAACAUGUCCAUGCGGGCGAUGCGUCUUGCAAUUGGCUUGAGUGUCGGACUAAAAUGGCUAGUAAUUAUCCUGUUGUAGGUGUGAAUCCCUUGUGGUGCAUUUUGUAACUGCUUAAAACGUCCUAGAUGGCUAAACUGCCGUUACAAAACCUGUGCGCAAUCUGUGGGCCAACUCAAACGCGAAUUUUCCCGCUGCCUGAUGCGCAUGCCACACCCAAUUGAGGCAGUCGGGUUGGCGAGAAAGGUAGUAGUUGACGUCACCAAGGGUCUUGCACUUGAACUUGUCUUUAAGCUUUAGCAUCGCCUCCUUCACAAGGUGAGAGGAGGGUGAGAAUAUGAGGAUGUCAUCCAUGUAAACCACCAUGAAGCUCCUCUGCUCCCCCUCGCCAAGCAUGAACAACGAUUGAUCGGCCGUUAAGGGACUGAAGCCGAUCGCCUCCAAGAGUGCACGAGAACGCAGGGGAAGGAGUGAUUGUAGGCGUGAUUGACUCGGGUAUCUGGCCGGAAUACCCCUCGUUUUCGGACGACGUCGACCCGCCGUACUCCGCCAUCCCCGCGCGGUGGAAGGGCGGAUGUUCUGCCAGAGGACUUCCCCGCGACCGCGUGCAAUAAGAAGCUCAUUGGCGCGCGCUACUACACUGCGGGACUGAAGGCAUCGGGGAAGGAGGUCUAGACGAGCCUAGGGGACUUCGAAUCCCCCAGAGACAACUCUGGCCAUGGCACUCACUGCGCGGGGUGAGUCGCACACACAA